AUGGGGUUUCAUCUCCCACUCAUCUUUGCUCUUCUCAGUCUAGCAGCGGUGGCACUGGCAAACCAUGCUGCCCAACCAGCACCUCAACUUUACUGGAACUCCGUCCUGCCAAACACACAGAUGCCAAGAACUAUCAGUGAACUUCUGCAUCCCGACUCCACAAAUGAAGAAAAGGGCAAUGGAAAGGGCAAACCGGAAAGUUUCCCAUUGGGCAAUAAACAUUACACUCAAAAAGGGUAUGGAAUCGGCAAACCUGAAACUUUCCCAUUGGGCAAUAAACAUUACACUCAAAAACGGUAUGGAAUCGGCAAACCUGAAACUUACCCAUUGGGCAAUAAAGACUUAGCUAUUUUCUUCUUGGAGAAGGACAUGCGCCCUGGCACAACAAUGAAGUUCCAAUUCCCUAGAAAUUUAAACACGGCUACUUUCCUGCCACGAGAAAGCGCUCAAUCGAUCCCCUUCUCCUCUAAGAAACUACCAGAAAUUUUCAACCAUUUUUCAGUGAAGCCAACAUCUGAGGAAGCCAAAACAAUUAAGCAAACAAUCGAAGAGUGUGAAGCUCCAGGCCUCAAGGGAGAGGAAAUAUAUUGCGCCACAUCUUUAGAAUCAAUGGUUGAUUUUAGCACUUCGAAGCUUGGAACAAGAAACGUUGAAGCAAUCUCGACGGAGGUAUUGGAAAAAGGAGCCACCAUGUCCAUCCACAACUAUACAACAAUGCCGGGACUGAAGAAGGUGGCAGGCGACAAAGUCGUUGUGUGUCAUAAGCAGAACUAUCCCUAUGCUGUGUUUUUCUGCCAUGCAAUAAAACAUACAGCAGCUUAUGUUCUCUCCCUGAAAGGCGAUGAUGGGGAGAAGGUUAAAGCAGUAACCAUCUGCCAUCUAGACACAUCAGAAUGGAACCCAGAGCAUUUGUCCUUCCAAAUCCUCAACGUUAAGCCCGGAACCAUUCCCAUCUGCCAUUUCAUUUACACUGAUGUUAUUGCCUGGGUUCCGAACCACAAAUAA